AGAAUGAGAAUGGUUGACAAAGAAACAGGUGUUAUCCUUUGGCUUGAGCAUGUGUGUGGCUCUUCUUUAGAUUGCGAACGUUUUUCUGAGCAUUUUUCGGGACGUUUUUCUGCGAAAAUUGCUACAAUUUAUUUUGGUCAUGAUUAUGUCAAGAUCAGAGCAGUUCUCUAAUUCUCUUAUGAAAGUUCUAUGGAAAGUCAUGAUUGUUUCAGGAGUAUUGAUCUAUGGAUCUCAUGCUAUAUUGAUCAACUUGUGUAAAAAUGAAAAUGGGAAAAUUCCAUUCAGUUCUGCAUCAGUGGUCUUGUUGAGUGAAGUCAUGAAGUUUGUCUUCUCUGUUGCCUUCCUAAUUCCAGAGAUGCUGCGUGGUGCUGUGCAUUUUCUGCCAUUAAAAACCCUUGUGUUCUUUUCCAUCCCUGCUCUUCUGUACUGCAUCAGUAACAACACAGCAGUACAUGUGCAAGUUUACCUUGAUCCAGCAAGCUUUCAGGUCCUGUGUAAUUUUAAGAUAGGAAUCGCAGGCAUUCUCUACUGGCUUGUUAUCAGAAUGAGCAUUUCAGAGAAGUAGUGGAUUGCACUUGGACUGAUUACUUUAGCUGGGUGUUUUAACAGUUAUGGCGGACUGAAAAAUGCUCAGGACAUAAUACAAGUGCGUAACUAUGUUAAAAACAGUGGAAAGCAGAUUUACGUUACUGUUACUGGCAUCCUCUUGAUGAUAUUUUACUGCACAAUGUCAGGACUGGCUGGAAUUUCAACAGAAUACAUCUUGAAGAGGCAGUAUAAGGUUUCUAUUCACUUGCAAAACACUUUGAUGUAUUUGUAUGGAAUCAUUUUCAAUCUUUUGGCUUACACUUCAACAAAUCACUCAGCAGGAACCAUCUAUGACACAUCUGCGGGAUUUUUUCAUGGUUAUUCAAAGUGGACUGUGGUGAUCGUUUUCUGCCAGGCCACAAAUGGAGUUAUUUUAUCAGCGGUUAUGAAACACUCCAGUAACCUGAUCCGUUUGCUAAUCAUAGCUUGUGCAAUGAGCGUCAAAGCCUUGUCCAUGGCUAUAUUCUCACUACAGCUCAACCUCUACUUCAAUGUUGCUUUCAUUUUAGUCAUUGUUGCUUUGAAACUCUAUCACAGCUGAGGUAAGGGAGUAAAAUUAACAACUUGUGAAAGAGAGUUAUUUCAUAGGGUGUGUUUCUUAAGCUAGUGAAAAUAGCAGAGUAAAAGAACGAGUUUAAUUAUCCGAGAGAAUUCCUUAAACUGAACCAUGCAACAAUUUCUGAUGAUUAAUUUUAAUGUAUUGUAAUGUAUUAUAAAAUAUUCGUAGCUUGUAUAAUUGUUUUGUUUUUUUCAUCUCUGUAAGGAAGCACUGUGAGCUUAAAGAAUUUUGUUAACAAAAGAAAAAACGACUGUACUUCUUUAUCGAAACAUUAUAGAUGAGGCGGUGGAGUUCGAAAGUAGUCAUAAAUUUAUCAUUCUGUGCUUUUAGUUUGUACAUAUUUUGCCACUGAA